AUGGCGGAAUCGGAAGACAUGAUCGAUGUUUGUGAUGAUUUAGGAAUCGAGAGUUUCUUUGAGCAUGUCUUAAACAGGACGGAGGAACUUCUUGAUGAGAACUCAAAUGUAAGCGGUGAACAUCGUAUUUCAACCCGUGUCGAUUUCCUAGAGAGAACGGUAAGAUUACUAGUUCAAUUGGCGAGGAUAGUCACGGACUUCAGGGCGGAAAAAUGUAAUGAGCAUGCGUGAACUUUUCUGCCCAGAUCCCCUGGCCGGGUUUGAAAAAAUGGCGGGAUUUCAAAACUUUUUUUGGCUAAUAAUAAAACGUUUCCACUCUUAACUUGGAAAGAACAAGCAAUUUGUCUUCAAAAGUAACAAGCUGGGGUUAUAACCUUCUCAUGACUUAAUUUUCUCGAAGAAUACCAUAUAGCAAAACUGACUUUAACGACAUUAAUUUCCUUGCGUUGUACUGGAAAUGUGCAUGCGUAGGUCCUAGUUUUUUCAAGAUGCAUUCACAAAAUGUGUUCAUAUUAGAAAGUUUCUGGAUAUAUAAGGUCCAGAGCCCCACUGUGGACACAAAAAUAAAAUAUCUUUGUACAGUGAUUUGCCCAAAAAAUAUAACGCAUGCCCACAAUGUGUUUGAAGUCGCUGAACUUUGUCGCAUUCAAGCUGAUAUUUUAAAGCCACGCUUGAUUGGACGCUUGUAGCUUUGCAGAUCACUGAAAUAUAAACAAAAUCCUCUAUGUCAAGUUUUGGCGUCGAUAGGUGGGCAGAAAAAGAGUCAACCUUUAUCUCGUAAAAUCUUCCCCAAAAUGGGUUUCAAAGCAACUAAAGUUUAUUCUUAAACUCGAUCGUUUCGCGUACUAAGAGAUAAAUAUAAAUUAUGCUUUGUGUUGUCAACCAGUUGAACGUGCAUAACGUCUGUCAAAAACUUACGCGUAAGUAGGAUUUCCUUCAAACAAAGUUAAAAUUACAUUAUUGCAAAAACCUCUUGCUAACAAGGAAGAAAUGAAUUUUUGGUACGAAAACAACCUACCUAAAGAUCUUAAAAGCAAAAGAUCAGUUGCAGUGAGCUUCGCAGCUAAACCAUGAUUCACCAAGUACACCUGUGGCUGUUUUUAAUAACCCAGUGAAUAACUGGUCCAUGUGAGGGUCUUCAUUCAAGCAAAUUAAACUCAGCCAAUUGUUAGAAAAUACAGAAAACCGCACAUAAGGAUAUUUGUUGUAAUCGCCUCAGACAAAUCCAGCUCCAGCAAUUGUUUACGAGCAGAGUCAAUUGUUUUGAAGUCACUGCCGACAGUUGUCGUUCUCUACUUCACAGCGAGUGAAAAGGAAAAAUUGCGUACAGAAAGUUAUUUCUUAUAAAGAACAGAAACUUUCACAGUGCACUGCAAAACAAAACUAUGUAAUUAAAAGUGGAGAAAACUCUGACUACUAUUACUUGAGCAACAGAAAAAUGAUCGAAGUAGUCUUUUCUUCUCGAGUAAGCUUACUGGCCUUCUAUUUCGAAGAAAGUUUUACGGCGCACAAAUGGUUCUUUGCUGAAGAGAAGGAUAAAGCUGGUUCUGCAAAGGGAAUAAAUCUGGGCAUGUGAAAAAGUAUUUACUAAGUAAACGGAAUACAAGCGGGUUUUUCAGCCCGGCGAAAGAAAGCGAAAUCAACUCACAAAUAAAUCGAAUGCACAAUCAGAAAAGUACUCGCCUCUUUGGAAAUGCUCAAAACUUUUUAUUCCACCGCAGACUGACGGAAUGAUCCGUUUUUGCUUUAACAGUGGUUGUUCUGAGUCCAAAGUAAUUUUCAAGUGACGAAGAACAAAAACCACACAAAGGUAAAAAGGCUUUUCGAGAAGCAAACGUUUAAACCUUGUACAUUUCAUUCAGUCUCAGUCAAAACUCUCUCACCGACAAACAAACGCAGUCGAACACGGUCAACACACAAAAAAUCCCGCCUUGAGCCUCCGAUAAGAGAUGCGCAGAAGCUUGCGCAGAACGUUUUUCAGCCCUGAAGUCACAGACGAAACUGAUCUGAAACUGUUAGGCGAUUUAAGAGUGGUGUUUUCUGAUCUUUUUGAAAAGUUCCUUCAUCAUUUUGGAAGCACGGCAUCUUAUACCUGGCAAGUAAUAACAUUCCCUAGUCUAUUGGUCAAGAGUGAAGGCCCAGGUAGACCACGGGUUCACAUUCCACCUGAAGUACUCGAAGAGUUGAGAGGGCUGGGAUUUACAUGCCAAAAGAUUGCUAGUAUAUUUUAAGUGUCGCGCUGGACAAUUAUGCGUCGAGUUCGUUUAUUUGAACUUGAAAAUCUCUCUCUCUCUUCAGCAGCAUCACUGAUGAAGAAAUCGACGAUAUCAUUCGCCACUACAUUGCACGCCAUGGGUCAACCACAGGAGAAUCCUACCUCCGUGGAUACUUUAGAGCACUGGGAUAUACCAUACAGAGAAGAAGGAUCAGAGAGAGUUUAAACAGGGUAGAUCCAAGGAACACCGCAUUGAGGUGGGGUGCAUUAGUGUCAAGGAGAGUGUAUUUUGUCCCGUGGCCAAACUCGUUAUGGCAUUUAGAUGGUCAUCACUCAUUGAUUCGCUGGGGCUUUAUAAUACACGGAUGCAUCGAUGGAUAUUCAAGAAGAAUUAUUUUCCUUCAUUGCAGCACAAAUAAUCUUGCUUCAACAGUUCUCGGUCUCUUUGAAAGUGCUGUGGAACGAGAUGGUGGGUUAUGGCCCUCUCCUAUCAGGGUAGAUUAUGGUGUGAAGAACACUGCUGUAUGUGAUGCAAUGGUAGCUGUUCGGGGAGAAGGUCGGGGUAGUUUUAUUGCUGGGUCAUCCACAAGAAAUCAGAGAAUUGAGAGAUUAUGGAGAGAUGUUUUCAGAUGUAUUUGCCAUGUAUUUUACUACAUAUUCUAUGCAAUGGAGCAAACUGGAGUUUUGGAUGUUGAAAACCCUAUUCACAUGUUUACCUUACAGUAUGUCUAUUUGGCAAGAAUAAACAAUGCUUUAUCUGAGUGGAUGGUCUCUUUCAAUGACCAUCCUGUCCAAACAGAGCACAGUUGGUCACCAAAUCAAAUGUGGUUGAAUGGGAUGAUGCAUCAUGCAAUCCUCUUGCUAAUGGCAGUAAUGACGUUGAGCCUGAAGAUAUGACAUUUUAUGGAGAAGAUCCUGAAGCACCGAUACCAACUGAAGAAUCCAACAACAAUGUAGAAGUGUUUGCUGCCCAGCUACCAAGCAACAACACUGAUGAACUGGUGGCCUAUUCAACUACUGCUGUUGAUCCUUCACAGGAGUCUUCUAGUUUUGGUGUGGACAUUAAUGCUAAAGCUCUUGAAAUUAUAGUUCAUAAGUUAGAGCAAGAACACGGAAGAAGACAGUAUUGCCACUGA